CACGGUGGCAGCACUCAUAAAGACUUGAGCAGGAAGUAGUACAGUAUUAUCAAUGGAGCGCAUUGUAAACAUCGUCACAGAAGAAGUAGAUUUGUUGACAUCCUCUUGCCAGCUGACAGCCUCUGCCUGUCUGUGGUUCUCACCUCCCGAAAAGAGAUGAAGAAGCUUUUCGAUGACAUCAAGAAAGACAUCAAAUUUAAAUCGGCGGGCCCUGGGAAGAAGCUAACGGAAGACAGCAGAGGUGCACCCGAGAGAGGGCAGAGGAGCUCCGGUGGCAAGCAGCCACACCGUGAUGCUCCCAGCGAGGGAUCACAGCGAGCAGGGGCGGCAGCGCUGGCCAGGGUCGAACAGCACCAGCGGCCGAAGGUCCACACCUCCCAGGAUGCCAUCAGGAAUCAGGUGAAACGGGAGCUGGAGGCCGAAGCCGCUGCGCUGGCAGAAAAAGAUAAGGCAGCAACUGCACAGGGAACCGCCGCUGCCACAAAAGAGUGUCUCUCGGUGUCCGGCGUGUAUUUCACCUGCCCGCUAACAGGAGCCACUCUAACAAAGAGCCAACGGGAAGUCCACAUCAAGGAGGCCAUUUUGAUGCGCUUCAAGGAGGAUGACGUGGAGGCAUCCGUCAUGAUGAUUCACACGUUUAACAAAGACAAAGAGAAGGUGAAGGCGGCCGUGGACAUCAUAAGCAAAUAUGUUGAAAACAUUUGUAAGAAUCCUUCGGAAGAGAAAUACAGGAAGCUUAAACUAAGCAACAAAGUCUUUCAGGAUAAAGUGCGUUGUGUGGAGGGCAGUAGAGAGUUUCUGCAGGCUCUGGGCUUUACAAGCACCAUGCUUCCUGUGGAUGGUCAAGAGGAGGAAGAGGAGUUCCUGGUGUUGCCCGAGCAGAGUUCUGACGCCCUGGAGCUAAUGAAGGAACGGCGGGAUCGGUUGCAGCGCGGCGAGCCUGUCAGAGCGCAAUUGGACCGGCAGGCUCAGGCCUUCCGGGCGUCAGAAAACGCAACCCACUUUGAGCUGCCGCCUGAGUUCUACAACCUGAGCGCGGAGGAGAUCAAGAGGGAGCAGCAGCAGAGGAGUGACUUGGUGGAGAAGAACUCCAUGCUUCGUACCAAGGCUAUGAGGGAGCGAGAUGAGCAAAGGGAGAGGAGGAAGUACAACUACACACUGCUCCGCAUUCGGCUACCAGAUGGACACCUGCUCCAGGGGACGUUCUACGCCUGGGACCGAGUUCCCGUGCUGUUCAGCUUCGUGCGAGACUCCUUAGUGGACGGCUGGCAGCCCUUCGAGCUCAUCGCUCCUGGUGGUCAAAAGUUGCAGGAGUCCGAGGAGAUGGCUCUGGCUGAGUGUAACCUGGUACCCGCAGCUCUGUUGUCAUUCGCCUGGGAUGCAGCCGUGCAGGCAGACAUUGCGGCAGCAGGUGGCCAAAGCUCGGCCCUCCUCAAACCGCAGCUGCUCGAGACCAUUCGCAACCUGAGUUGAACGGGAGCACUCUGUCCAUGCCAACGUUCCACCCUGGCACUGCCGGGUGGCGAAACUGUCCCUCACCAACCUAUCACGCUCGUAUUUAUUGCUGUUGUUGCUCAUCACCCAACAAAUGCUAACCUUCAUUCACAGCACACAACAGACUAAAAUACAAAGAGAGAAGUGGGGACGUACAAAUCUGCUGGAUCUGUUGCUCCUUUCACACAAAAGGUCCUACAACAGAAUUAAGCAGUUUUAACCUUUUGCGCAGACCCAGCAAAGACAAUUGACAGCCGUCACAAAGGCUCGCAUGUUUUAGGUAUGCAAGGCCUCUCUUCAUCAGUGUUAUUAACUGAUGGCAAGAUGCCAAUCAACGGUGCGCAAUGAAAGUAAUAGCCUGCCUUUGCUGAGACUGCGUAUAAAAGUGCAUAGGCUGAUAAAUCUUUUGCGACAUUGUGCGAAAGACGCUUCUGAUACUACCCGAGGGAUGGAAAAUUGACAGAUCGGAAGUGGAAUUCUUAUCUUUCAAUUUAUGCACACUUCAUGAUUAAUCAAACCGUACCAUGGGACUGCAUGUAAUAAAUGUAACAACAACAAAAAGUUCAGUCAAUUGUAUUUGUUUGUAUCAAACAUCUACUAGACGAUGUCACGUAAAAUGAGAAAAAUUCAAUCAUCCCUCAGUCAACGUUUAAGUAUUUUUAGAACUUAAUCCGUCAACUCCAACAUAACGCCUUUAUCUUGCUAAUGGUUUCGUGUACAUGAAUUCAAAGGCUCCAGUGGCGACUUGUUUGGUUU